UGAUUCUGAAGUAUAUUAUUACAUCUUACUCAUUACUAUUUUAUCUUUAUAAAUCGAAAUCCCAAUGGCAAACGACAACACAUAUAAUCCGGAGGUGGACUUUCCGGAGGUUUUCAAGAUCUGCAAGCUUUUCAAGCCGACCGAAGAUGAUCUUGAAAAGAUCAUGAACCUGUUGGACCGUGAGAUUAAGAUGGGACUGAGUCGCGAUCAACACGAUCGUUCCACGGUUCCGUGUCACCUGAGCUAUGUACAGGAGCUUCCAUCUGGAAGAGAGCGUGGCCAGUUCCUAGCCCUUGAGAUAAUGCCCACCAACUGCCGGAUAAUGCUAGUGAAAUUCAGUAGCGAGAAGGAUAUCUAUACAAGCUCCAAGUGCGUCAUAAUGCCGCAUACAGUAGCGGCAGGAAAAGGAACAGAACUCUUCAACUUCCUGGCCACCAGCAUUGCCAAUUUUGUAAAGGAAAAGAAAGUGGAAAAGGACAAUCUGCCCAUGGGCAUAGCCUUUGCUUUUAGCCUUGUUAAACAUGCUUUGGAUGUGGGUAUCUUAGUGUCGUGGACCAAGGAGUUCGGAGCCCAGGGUGCUAUUGGCAAGGACGUGGUCCAGUUGCUGCGCGAUGCUCUAGCCAAGUUCCCCGAAAUUUCUGUAGAAGUCAUGGGUAUCAUCAAUGUGGGAGCCGGUUCUCUAUUGGCCUUAUGUUGGGCCCAGCCGGAUACCAGAAUGGGCUUGAUAAUGGGCAGUAUUGCCAAUUCGUGUUAUGUGGAACGGACUGAAAAGUGUGAACUGUACGAGGGUGAGGAGGGUAAAAAGAUAAUGGUUAUUAACUCGGAUUGGGCUCAUUUUGGGGAUAAUGGAGUACUGGACUUUAUACGCAACGAGUUUGAUCGCCAGCUGGACAGUGAGUCCAUAACCCCCGGUCAGCGAUUGUACGAGAAGAUCAGUGGUGCUCUCUGCAUGGGGGAAUUGGUUCGCAUCAUAAUUUUACGCCUAAUGAAAUCGGGUGCCAUUUUCGCUGACGAUAGACGUGACUAUAUAGGGAUUCAGUGGAAGUUAGAUAUGAUUUCGCUAAUCGAAAUCGUAUCUGAUCCUCCUGGAGUCUAUACCAAAGCCCAGGAGGUAAUGGAUAAGUUCCGCAUCCGUCAUUGCAAGGAAAAAGAUCUGGCUGCGUUAAAAUAUAUAUGCGAUUCGAUCACAAAUCGGGCGGCAAUGUUGGUGGCAAGUGGUGUUGCCUGCCUCAUAAAUCGCAUGCGCUUGCCAAAGAUCUCUAUAGCCGUAGAUGGCGGCAUAUAUCGCCUACAUCCAACCUUUGCCACCGUUUUGAAAAAGUACACCAACCUUCUGACAGAUCCCAGGUUCGGUUUUGAAUUCGUCAUCACUCAGGACAGUUGCGGAGUGGGAGCGGCCAUUAUGGCUGGGAUGGCACAUGCCGACAAGUACAAAACAGACGCCAAAAUGUUCACCAUGGAUUACUGAAAAUUAAAUUAUUAAAUAAAAUGUUAUUAAAUGAAAAAUUCGUU